CUUCAACCUCUGACCCCAGAGGUGCAUCCGGGACACGCUGGAAUCAAGGAAGAGAAAGAAAACCUGCGAGUUUGGAGAUGGCAGACGGAGAGAGGAAGGGGACCAAGAACAAGCGGAUCCUGGUGACCGGAGGCUCGGGGUUGGUCGGCAGAGCCAUCGAGCAGGUGGUGAAGGAGGGUGAGGGGCAGGCGGAUGAGGAGUGGAUCUUCCUGUCUUCAAAAGAUGCUGAUUUAACGAAUGCUGCAGAAACCAGGGCCUUAUUCAACAGACACCAACCCACCCAUGUCAUUCACCUGGCAGCCAUGGUGGGCGGACUCUUCCGGAACAUGAAAUACAACCUGGAUUUCUGGAGAAAGAAUGUUCACAUUAAUGACAAUGUGCUGCACUCGGCCCACGAGCUUGGGGUCACAAAGGUCAUCUCCUGCCUCUCCACCUGCAUCUUCCCAGACAAGACAACCUACCCUAUUGAUGAAACAAUGAUCCACAGUGGGCCCCCACACAGUUCAAACUUUGGAUAUUCGUAUGCAAAGCGAAUGAUUGACAUUCAGAACCGGGCUUACUUUGAACAACACAACCGGAUGUUUACAGCUGUGAUUCCCACCAACGUCUUCGGAAUGUACGACAAUUUUAAUAUCGAGGACGGGCAUGUUUUGCCAGGACUGAUUCACAAGACUUACCUCGCACAGAGAAAUGGCACAUCACUGGUGGUGUGGGGAUCAGGGAAACCCAGGAGGCAGUUCAUAUACUCUCUGGAUCUGGCCCGUCUCUUCAUCUGGGUUUUGAGAGAAUAUAAAGAGAUUGAACCCAUCAUCCUCUCAGUGGGAGAGGAAGAUGAAGUGUCUAUUAAAGAGGCAGCUGAGAGCAUUGUGGCAGCCAUGGGGUUCAAAGGGGAGGUCAUUUUUGACACAAGCAAAUCUGAUGGGCAGUUCAAGAAGACGGCCAGUAACAGCAAGUUGAGGAAAUACCUGCCAGACUUCAAAUUCACCCCCUUCAGCCAAGCUGUCAAGGAGACCUGUGAUUGGUUCGCAGCCAAUUAUGACCUGGCAAGGAAAUGAGGGAGCGGAGGGCAGUCGGUCAGUCUGUGGGGCAACUGCCCAUAGUGGAACACAGUGAUUGUUGGGUUGGAAGUAGAAAUCGAUUAUAUAAUGUAGCUAUGGGUUUAAUUCAAAGGGAGGAGCCGAACCCACAUCCUGACUCUCUACAGUUGUCCAGACUCCCUGCUGCUGCUGCAGCCUCUUUCAGCUCAAUGUCUGACUGCAGCAGGGGCUUGCUGUGUUGAUCCCAGCAAGCCAGCACAGCACCAACCUCUAAGGUCGUUUAGGAAGCCUCCUCCUCCUCCAUUUCGCUGCCGUUGUAUAUGUCUGAGAGGAAGUUGGCUGCAGGUUUAUCUGUGAUUAAUUUACUCAGGUUAUCAGUGUCAAUCAAAAAAAACCUUACUCCCAUUUCUGUUUCAACUUCCUCUCCCCCCCCCCUCCCCCUACAUUUCCUGAUUGCCUCCUUGUAGCUGUGUCAGUGAAGAUUUAUCCAGGUGGUUUCAUGGGUACAGCAAGUCCCACCUUACCUUGUACAAAAUAUGGAGUGCCAUUGGAUGUUCAACUGCACUUAUGUGAGGAACACCAAGCCUGGUUGUGUUGGAGAGGUCUGCUGGGCUGGGAUCUAUCUGGACAAUUUGGUGUGAUAUCAGUGUUUCAUCUAGUGACCUGUGCAGAUCUUCUCCCUUGGUGAACAUCUUUAGGUAGUUCCUUCAUCCAGGCAAUCUCCCCACACUACACUCAUUGUUGUAAAAUAUUUUGUGUCUGGCUGAGGUUUGAAAGUUCCUGUUAAUGGUAAAACAGAUAUGGUGAAUAUUAAAGAAAAUAUAAAAUGGAAAAUGACACUAUGGUGUGUUGCAGUCCUUGAAUGUGAUGUUUUCAAUGGGGAUGAAUACAGUUUCAAUCACUGUACAGUGGGUUGUCUGACCUAUUUUUGAGGGAAGUCUGGUUAUUUUACAGGUCGAGUGGAAUUCCUGUCAAUUGUUUGUGAGACUUGAUCUUUUUGUUUUAAAUUUUAAACAGCACUUUUACAUUUGUAACUUGGUUGGGGUGAGUAGAGCAUGGGUUUCCCCAAAGAGGUUGGAUUAGGGUUUCUGCGCAAGCUUCUACCUGGAUGGGAGCCAUGAGAAUAGGGUCUGUCUACAAGCUCCCUGUAGUGUGAUGGGCUGCGAAACUAGUUCUGCGAACCAGCUACCAGCAAGUUGGAGUAGGUUGUGUGAACUCCCAGUGGGUUAUGUCCACAAUUGUCUUACCUCAGGUAGAAAGCAAGAACUCCCCCCCUUGACCAUUGCUCAUUCAGUUUGCUAAAACCUGCCCUUUUUAUCACAACAGCAGAGUCCUAUGCCCAUAUCUUUGUCAAUUGCAAUGUGGUUGGAAUGUGAAUUCGCUUCAGCAAUGUUGCAAAGCACUACGUUUCCCCACUUCAAUUUAAAGUAGUUCUUGUAGCAGCUCUCUAACUCAUAAAAUAUUGAAAGUAUUUUUUAUUUCAGGGUUGAAGAGGAGGCAUUGGAAUUUUUUUUUUGUUUACUGAAGGUGUUCACCCUCUGAUGUGUCUCCUGCACCUUCUCCCACCUAUUCCCUGGGACCUUUGUCACUUAUACCCUGGUGCCGAGGCUCCCCAUAUGGCCUAUUCCUGCUCCUACGUUGUCCAUUCAGCCCAUUGAAUCUGCUCUGCUAUUCAAUUAGAACAUGGCUGAUCAUCUACCUCAAUGUCACUUUCCCACACUAUCUCCAUACCCCCUGAUGUAAUUAGUCCCUAAAAAUUUAUUGAUUUCUGUUUUGAACAUGCUGAAUGAAUGAGCUUCCACAGCCCUCGGGGGUAGAGAUUUCCAAAGAUUCACCACCCUCUGAGUGAAGAAAUUCCUCCUCAUCUCAGUCUUAAAUGGCCUACCCCUUAUCCUGAGAUUAUGUCGCCUGGCUUUAGGCUCACCAGCCAGGGGAACCAUCUUCUCUACGUCGACCCUGUAAGCAUGUUCAAAGUUUGUGUGGUCACUCCUCAUUCUUUGAAACACUAGGAAAUAUAGACCCAGUCUCCUCAAUCUCUCUUCAUAAAAUAAUCCUGCUAUCCCAGCGAUUAAUCUGGUGAACACACAGCCCUACCCUACCCUAUGUUACAUUGCACCAUUCAGCUUCUUCCAGUUUACCACAGGUCAAGCAGCACAAAGCCUGAGUACCACAUAGCUGAAAGGUGAGAGAGGGCACAGCCUGCAUCACUCAUUCCCGUUAGAGACAGGAGUGGGUUGCGAGAGGCCAGUUGGAAUAGAUGCAGGAUUCUUCAUUUGUAAUUUAAAGGGAGGAUCUUUUCGCAAUUGUUAGCAGCUGUUGUGGUUUUUUUUAAAAUUAAACUUCUGGUUGUGUAAUGGGAGAAUGAGUUUUGGUGAAUAAUAAAUAUGUAAUUUUAUUUUUUAAAGGUGAUUUAAAUAUUAAAAGCACACCUGUUUGAAAUCAAA